AUGCUCUUUCCGGGGCUGGGGUUCGGGCAGUACGUCUUGGCGGUUGAGAGUUGUAGCUUAUUCCCUCGAAUACAACACCACCUUUAUAAAUCUCGCAUCAUUGCGGCCGUUGCAUAGUUCUUCAUCUUCACGCCUCUGCCCGCAUACAAUCGUUGCUUAUCUCCAAAUCUUCGUCCUCGUUCUCCCGAAGCCACACCGAAGUUCUCCAAAACGUCACCCAAGAUCCAUCAACAUGAAGGCUUCUCAGAUUCUCUCCAUGCUCGGCUUUGCCGCCUUCGCCCUGGCCCAAAGCGAGAGCCUGGCUCCUUCACCCACGGAGAGCGUGGGAUGUGAGCCUCACGGCGACCACUGGCACUGCGAGGGCGCUCGCGCCACCACUGCCGCAGCAGUCAGCGGAACCACUCUCGUCACCAGCGUUGCCGCUGCGACCACAACCGCAACUGAGGACCACGAUCACGACCACGAUGAUGACGACCACUCUUCCGGCACCGGCAGCCUUGCUCCCUCCCCCACUGAGUCUGUCGGCUGCGAGCCUCACGGUGACCACUGACGAUACAACGACGGAAUAAUGGGCCUUGACUCGAGGUAUUUAAUGGGUACACGA